CUCAUUCCAGCUCGAGCGCUGUGCCAUGCGAGCGCGUGCGUCUUCGCGUGCCAACCUCGCGUGCGCUCCGAGCGUCAGACCCCGGCGAUAUGCGGGAACUAUAACGAGAGCUCAGAUGUUUGGAGGUUCUCCACUGGAUUGUUGGUAAAUGUUCCUGCCCCACUCUCUGACGACCAUGCUUUAUUUCCAGCUGGUGAUCAUGGCGGGGACGGUCAUGCUGGCAUAUUACUUCGAGUACACGGACACGUUCAACGUCCACGUGCAGGGCUUCUUCUGCUACGAGACCGCGUACACGAAACCCUACCUCGGACCCGAGGACACCAGCGCCAUCCCGCCCGCCCUGCUGUACGCGGUGGUCACCGGAGUCCCCACACUGAUGAUCACCGUGACAGAAACGGCGUUGUUCUUGAUACAGUACACAUCGAAAGAUCUUGACAGUCGAGAGAAGACCAUCGUGACCGGGGACUGCUGUUACCUCAACCCAUUAGUGCGGAGGACUUUCCGUUUCCUCGGUGUAUACAUGUUUGGCCUUUUCACCACAGACAUCUUUGUGAACGCUGGUCAGGUGGUAACGGGGAACCUGGCUCCUCAUUUUCUGACAGUGUGUAAGCCCAACUACACAGCUCUGGGUUGCCAGCAAGCUCUUCGCUACAUCAGCCAUCAGGAAGCCUGCACCGGCAACGAGGACGACAUCCUACGUGCCCGCAAGACCUUUCCUUCCAAAGAGGCGGCGCUUAGUGUGUACGCUGCUGUCUAUAUGGCUAUGUACAUCACAUUUACAGUGAAAGCCAAAGGAACUCGUCUGGCUAAACCAGUCAUGUCUUUGGGUCUGGUGUGCCUGGCUUUCUUAACGGGUAUAAACAGGGUAGCAGAGUAUCGUAACCACUGGUCUGAUGUCAUCGCCGGCUUUAUCAUCGGUGUGGCCAUCGCCACCUUUCUGGUGGUGUGUGUGGUCCAUAACUUCAAAGGCAAACAACUGCUGAACGAGGAUCCCCCACAGGACCACCUAAGCAGCAAUCCGAUGGUCAGCUCGCCCAGGGUUGAGAGUCCACUGGAAAAGUACAUCGCUUCACAGAAUCACAUCGCCUUCGCUGAGAUCACGUGACCUUGAUUCGCCGGUGUGGCAAACACAUUGGACAUCCACGCUGUUUACCGUCCAGUCCCGAUAGUCCCGGCUCAACGCUAACGCAGUGGUCAUAAUCUCUAUGGUGUCGUUUUGGAUCGCUCUGCCCUUGCUUUGUGUGUGUGUGGAAAUAUUGGUCCUGUCAACUAAUAACUGUUACCAUCACGCAAUUAAUGACUGAAGCUGCACUUCACAUUUUCCUGACCGGUUCUGUUGGCUUUUUUGCAGACCGAGCUCACAUCCAGAGCUCAGAAUAUCUCAGCCGCUCGCGUAUGUGGGGAGCGUACGUGUCUGUGUUUGCAUAUGAGAGGUUUGUGGCAGGUUGAUGCAAAUACCUGCGCUUGGAAUUCAAAAUGAACUUAACUUGUAGUUGUGAAAAUUUUCGUCGUCAUAUAUUCCAGAAAAUGUUUAUUCAUGUAUGAAUUUUUUGGGUUUUUUUAAUGCUUGCAUUGGAUGAGUACAAACAUAUGGAAUCCUAUUUCUGCUUCAGAGUUUUUAAAAAAGGGGUAAUUAUGAGUUUAUUUCUUGAAAUUGUGACACUGCAUUUCACAGUAUUUCUUAAACUGUGAGAGAAGUUAUAUGUGACUCAUAAAUGCAACUUUGUCUCAUAUUUGUGAUUUUGUAUCUCACAGUGACUUUAAUUGCAAUUUAACUUCUCACAAUUUUUUCACGAAAGGUUCAUGUCUCACAAAAGCAACUUUCAGUCAUAAUCGUAAUUGUCUCACAAUAUCACUUUUUCCUGCGAUUAUAACUGUGAUUAUAUUUCACAAAAAGAACAAUAUUUGUCAUAAUUGCGAUUUUUCUUUCCCCCUUAUAAUUGCACCUUUUUUAUAAAUCAAAUUUCAAAUUUCAACCUUGUUUCUUAGAAUUGCAACUUUUUUUCUCAAAUUUUGACUAUAUUUCACAAGUGGAACCAUAUUCUCAUAAUAAUCCAACUUAAUAUCUCACAACUGAAACUUCUUAAUGAAAUUGUGACUGAAGUCUCAAAUUGUGAGUUUAUACCUCACAACUGCAUAUUUUUUCUCAAAAUUAUGAUUUUAAUAUCUCACAAUAUGACUUUACUUCUCUUCAUUGCAAUAUAUCUCCCAAUUGUGACUAAAGUCUUAAAUUGUGACCAUUCAUUCACUUAUUUCUCUUAAUUACAACUUUAUAUUGCACAACUGUAACUUUCUCAUAAUCAAGUUUUUUUUUUCUCAAUGAUUUUCCUCUUCAUUGCAACUUAUUUCAAAAUUGCAACCUUGUUUUUCAGAAUUGCAACUUUUUUCUCAAAUUGUGACUAUAUUUUACAGAUAGAACCAUUUUUUUCAUAAUUGUGAUUUUAUGUCUCACUAUCACAAUUUCUGUUAAUUGCAACUUAAUAUCUUACAAUUACAACUUUUUAAUCAAAUUGUGACUGCAGUCUCAAAUUGUGAGUUUAUACCUCACAACUGCAUCUUUUUUCUCAUAAUUGUAACUUUAAUAUCUUGCAAUUGCAAAUUUAUAUCUCCUGUGAUUUUAUAUCUCACAAUAUGACUUUAUAUCUCUUAAUUGCAAUAUUAUAUCUCCCGAUUAUGACUAAAGUCUGAAAAUUGUGACUAUUCAUUCAUUCAUUCAUUAUUUCUCAGAAUUGCAACUUUAUAUUUCACAACUGUAACUUUCUCAUAAUUUAGAUUUUUUUAAAUCUCACAAUAUGAUUUUAUUUCUCUCCAUUGCAACUUAAUAUUUCAAAAUUGCAAGCUUGUUUCUCAGAAUUGCAACUCUUUUCUCAAAUUGUGACUAUAUUUCACAAAUGGAACCAUUUGUAUCAUUUUUGUGAUUUUUGUCUUACAAUAUCACUAUUUCUCUUAAUUGCAACUUAAUAUCUCACAAAUGCAACUUUUUAAUCAUAUUUUGACUGAAGUUUUAAAAUUGUGAGUUUAUAUCUCACAACUGCAUCUUUUUUCUCAAAAUUGUGAUUUUAAUAUCUCACAAUUACUUUUUAAUCAAAUUUUGACUGAAGUCUUAAAUUGUAAGUUUAUACCUCACAACUGUGUCUUUUCUCAUAAUUGUGACUUCAGUAUCUCACAAUUGCAGAUUUAAUUCUCCUGUGAUUUUAGCUCACAAUAUGACUUUACUUCUCUUAACUGCAACAUUAUAUCUCACGAUUGUGACUGAAAUAUCAAAUUGUGACCAUUCAUUUGCUCAUUCAUUAUUUCUCGUAAUUGCAACUUUAUAUUUCACAACUGUAACUUUCUCAUAAUUUAGAUUUUUUUUUUAAAUUUCACAAUAUGAUUUUGUUUUUCUCCAUUGCAACUUAUUUCAAAAUUGCAACCUUGUUUCUCAGAAUUGCAACGUUUUUCUUAAAUUGUGACUAUAUUUCACAAAUGGAAGCAUUUGUCUCAUAAUUGUGAUUUGUCUUAAUUGCAAUUUAAUAUCUCACACUUGCAAGUUUUUAAUCAAAUUGUGACUGAAGUCUCAAAUUGUGAGUUUAUACCUCACAACUGCAUCUUUUUUUCUCAUAAUUGUGAUUUUAAAUAUCCUACAAUUGUGACUAAAGUCUCAAAACGUGACAGUUUCAUUCAUUAUUUCUCAUAAUUGCAAUUGUAGAUUUCACAACUGCAUCUUUUUUCACAUAAUUGUGAUUUUAUCUCACAUGAGUUGAUUUUUCUUCAUUGAAGCUCUCUUAAUUGCUACUCUUAUGAUUUUAUAUCUCACAGUGUGAGUUUCUCAAAUUGUAAAAAACUCUGAGGCAGAAUUUGGUUUCCAUACAUACAUAAAUACACUGUGUCCACAAAAAUAAGGCAGAAAAUAAGCUAAAAAUACCUUUUGAAAGCUCACAUAAAAAAAAAAAAAAAUCAAAAAUACCAAAGCUCAGAUAAACGUAAGUACUCACCUACUGCACUGGCAGCAAAAAAUAAAUUCCACAUCAAUUGGUUAGAUAAUUCACAAGCCAGGAUUCAGUUUCACUCAGCGGCCAAUGGGCUUUCAGAGCCUGGGUUUGAGUUGAAAUCACCCAGCUGUGAAAGACAGAUCAUCUGCUAAGACAAUCACCAGCCAUCUCAAAUAAUGAGUCAGUCCGUCAGACGUGUCUGUUUAACAACGAUACUCGCCUCGGCAUUUGUUUCACACUGUUUUAGUGGCCAGCACAUCUUUCACUGAGGAUCAGUAUUGUUAAAGGAGAAGUCCACUUCCAGAACAAAAAUUUACAGAUAAUGUACUCACCCCCUUGUCAUCCAAGAUGUUCAUGUCUGUCUUUCUUUAGCCGUACAGAAAUUAUGUUUUUUGAGGAAAACAUUUCAGCAUUUUUCUCCCUAUAAUGGACUUCUAUGGUGCCCCGCGUUUGAACUUCCAAAAUGCAGUUUAUAUGCAGCAGUAAACAGCCCCAGCUGAGGAAGAAGGGUCUUAUCUAGCGUAACGAUCAGUUAUUUUUAUAAAACAUAAUAUAAUUUAUAAACUUUUUAAUGUCAAACGCUCGUCUUGUCUUACUCUGCCUGAACUUUUUUCCGGUUCACGACAGUUAGGGUAUGUCAAAAAACUCCUAUCUCAUGUUCUCCCACAACUUCAAAAUUGUCCUAUGUCACCGUUUUACCUUUUUUGUUAAGGGUGUUUGAUCUUCUUUGCAUGUUCACUUUGCAUAGACUGGGUCGGUACUUCUGCAGAGAUGUAGGAUGAUUUUAAAAUGAUUUUUUAAGUUGAGGGAGAAAGUACGAUUGGAGUUUUCUGACAUACCCUAACUGUCUUGAACCAGAAUACACAGAGUUCAGGCAGAGCAAGACAAGACGAGCAUUCGAGAUUGUAUUUUUUUUAAUGAAAAUAACCAAUCGGUUUGCUAGAUAAGACCCUUCUUCCUCGACUGGGAUCGUUUACAACCACAUUUGGGAUCGUUUGAAGCUCCAUUUAAACUGCAUUUUGGAAGUUCAAACUCUGGUUACCAUAUCAGUCCAUUACGACGGCGUUUUAGUGCCACCUUAAAAA